AGCUGCCCAUCUACUCCAGUCUGUUUUCACUGGGAGUGAGAGGAGUCGUUGGAUGAAAGAAAGAGAUUCGGUGUUUGAAUAACUCCUUCUUUGGUGUGCUUUUCCGGCAAGACAUUUCAAGACUAAUACAGGUAUUUCUAGCAACUGUUUGGCUAUUCGUUGUGGUUUUCCUUGGGCGUGGGUUUUCAGUUUACUUGGAUACAUGUUCUCCCAUAUGCACAUUUCAUUGAUGCGCCCGCAACUGUGCAUGUGUUGGCUUUUGUUUGUAGCGAGCGAUGGAUGUGCGAUAUUGAAUGAACCCACCAUUCGUUCGAGGGACGCGGAACAUAACCGUUUCUGACGAAUAUACGAUACAGUAAUUAAAUAAAAUAUUAUAUUCCAAUGGAACAGUAGGCUACUUUGUCAGUGCUUCAUGAGUGUCGCGUGCUUUUGGACCUCUAACAGCCAGGUGAAAGAAUUAUAGCGUCGUUAGUUAAAAACAUUACUUUUAAUUAAUUUGUUAUAGGCCUAUUUUUCAUUUGUCUAAGUGGGUCUAUAAUAUAAUCAUAAUCAUACACAUUAUGCCUGUAAUCAAUUAAGAAAACGUAUUUCUUAUGCUUCUUGGAGGAAAUUGAGAUGGACAUGACAACCUGUCGCUAAUGGCAACUAUAAAAGCCGAUAACGAUUCAUUGCUGUUGCCCCUUCAAUAACUGGCAACACCUUGCAACCAGUGGUGUAAAGUAGGCUACUUAAGUAAAAAUACUUUAAAGUACUACUUUCGUUUUUUUUGUGUAUCUGUACUUUACUUUACUAUUUAUAUGUUUUAAUACUUUUACUCCACUACAUUCCUGAAGAAAAUAAUAUACUUUUUACUUCAUACAUUUCCCCUGACACCCAGAAGUACUCGUUACAUUUUGAGUGCUUAGCAGGACAGGAAAAUGGUCCAAUUUAACGCACUUAUCAAGAGAACAUCCCUGGUCAUCCCUACUGCCACUGAUCUGGGGGACUCACUAAACACAUGCUUUGUUUGUAAAUUGUCUGAGUGCUGGAGUGUGCCCCUGGCUAUCGGUAAAAAAAAAAAAUAUAUAUAUAUAUAUAUAUAUAAUUUAAAUUCGUGCCAUCUGACUUAAUAUAAGGAAUUUGAAAUUAUUUAUACUUUUACUUUUGAUAGGCUACUUAAGUAUAUUUUAACAAUUACAUUUACUUUUGAUACUUAAGUAUAUUUAAAACCAAAUACUUUUAGACUUUUACUCAAGUAAUAUUUUACUGGGUGACUUUCACUUUUACUUGAGUCAUUUUCUAUUAAGGUAUCUUUACUUUUAGUCAAGUAUGACAGUUGGGUACUUUUUCCACCACUGCUUGCAACAAGUAGUUUUUUUGGCUAAAACGUAUAAUAAUUCCCUAGUUUGUAGGAAUGUUGCAUAAGAUUAGACUAUUGGCUACAAGUAGGCUAGGGCCUAAGUAGGCCUGUAGUUUUCAUAUAGAAAAGUCAUAACAUAACUGAAAGGUGUUUGCUGAUAGGCCUACACACAUUUCUCUCCCUCCCAUCCCUGAGGACCUAAGCCCUAGGACCAUGCCUCAGGACUACCUGGCCUGAUGACUCCUUGCUGUCCUCAGUCCACCUGGUCGUGCUGCUACUCCAGUUUCCACACUUCUGCCUGCGGCUAUGGAACCCUGACCUGUUCACCGGACGUGCUACCUUGUCCCAGACCUGCUGUUUUCAACUCUCUCUCUCUACCGCACCUGCUAUUUGAACCUCUAAAUGCACGGCUAUGAAAAGCCAAGUGACAUUUACUCCUGAUGUGCUGACCUGUUGCAACCUCUACAACCACUGUGAUUAUUAUUUGACCCUGCUGGUCAUCUAUGAAUGUUUGAACAUCUUGGAGAAAAAUCUGGCCUUAAUGGCCAUGUACUUUUAUAAUCUCCACCUGGCACAGCCAGAAUGGGACUGGCCAACCCUCAGAACCUGUUUGGGGUUUUAGGCUGGGUUUCUGUAUAGCACUUUGUGACAUCUGCAGAUGCUUUAUAAAUACAAUUUGAUUGAAAAAAAGGUAGGAAGUGGAAGGGCAACUGUUUAGCCCUAAAUGUUAAAAUACAUCUUCCCUUCACUUGAAUUUCGUGCACAUUCCAUGUCACUGCAAUCAGAGAUGGGUGGAAAAAGUAGGCCUAUCCUUUAUAUUCUGUAUAAUACAUACCUACACACACAGUUAAUUAGUCAAUUGAUUUAAUUUAUUAUCAAUUAACAUGCAGUAUAGACAACUAUGCACGCACACCACAUGUUCCCGCAGUUUUGGAGUCUGCGCAUUGUGAAUAGAGUAUUUGUAACAUCCCGUUCACGUGCAAGUUAACUCCCGGAGCGAGUUCUUUCUUUUCUCCCAAUGAUCACGCCAAACCUGAUUUACCACAUAGUAUAUCAUUUUCAAGACACCUGUUUGCAGGUUACUGGGUACAAAGGUUAUUUGUAAACAUGAAACUUGUUUCACCACCUUGCCAGGAAAAGUAUUCUACUUUUAUAGUUGUAUUUCCAUAGUUUUAUUCAGUGUGGUUUACAAUGUAAAGCUUCCAAGACCCCACCUAGAGAGCUAUAGCUGGGGGGCUGCUAUACACACAGUAUUGAACUAGUGUUCUCUGAAACUACUCCCAAUGACUUUGAGAAUGUAGAUUAAUAACUCAGUAACUCAUCUUGUUUGUUGGCAGACUAUAGAAUUAAAUGUUUGAACCUGUUCAGGCUUCUUGGAUGCAGAGCAGGCAUGUAGUCUUUCACUUGCAGAGAGGAGAGGAGCGGGAGGCAUGCCAGCUGCCUUCCCCUGAGCAUGGAAGAUUGUUAUGCUAAACAACAAUCCUCUCCUUCAUUCUCUCAAUACCUCAAUUGUUGUUAUUCUCUGUGUGUGUGUGUCACAUGCACAUUCUUUGUGUAUUUCAUCAGUGUGUGCACACCUCCACAUUUUGGUGUGUGUGCAUGGAUUCUUUGUAAUUUACAGUGUCACCUAGUUCAAACACCCACUCCCUCAUUCCUCUCAAUCUCACUGUCUCUCUCGCUCUCGUAACGUGUACGCUGGGAGUCGGGAAGCAAGUACAGGGAGUGAAUUGAAUAAUUAAAUAAAACAUGGAACAAAACAAACACAUGAAACACAGGAACAGACUCAAUAACACCUAGGGAAGGAAUGUAAGGGAGUGACAUAAGGGGAGGUAAUCAAUAAGGUGAUUGAGUGCAGAUGAGUCAUAAUACCACGCAGGUGUGCGCAAUGAACAGUCAACUGGCGACCUCGAGCGCCGGAGCGUGAGUAGACAUGACAGCUCUUCUUACUUUCUCUCGCGCUUCUUACUAUCUCUUUCUUUCUUUCAUGCUUCUUACUGUCUCUUUCUUUCUCUCGCGCUUCUUACUGUCUCUUUCUCUCUGGUUGUGAAAGAGACAGAUGGGAAGAGAAAGAGAGAUGCAAAAACCAUCAGAGUGAAGGGAGAAAUAUGCAUUGCUUGUUCCAACAUACAUACCCCAUGUCUCGUGCAGUUUGAGCUACUCUAGGAAGUGACGUUGCAAGCUAGCUCAGUGCGGCCCCCUCUCAUUGAGUAUCUCAAAUUGAAGGCCGACAGGGUACUGCAGGCUGCAAAUUAACGUUAUAACUUCUUCUGUGUGCGAUAAAAUAAAAUCGGUUCAAGGAUAUACUUCUUGUAAAAUAGAAGGAAGUAUUGGUACCAUGAUUGUGUUCAGAUUUAUAUAAUUUUAUAUCCAUGAAGACCGCCAUACUCCCAUUGACUAUAAUGGGGAAUCCUGCUUUCUGAAAACAUUGCCUAUUGUCGGCCAGGGCUCUCCAACCCUGUUCCUGGAAAGCUACUCUCCUGUAGGUUUUCGCUCCAACCACAGUUGUAAUUAACCUGAUUCAGUUUAUCAACCAGCUAAUUUAUUAGAAUCAGCUGCACUAGAUUAGUGUUGGAGUGAAAACCUAGAGGACAGUAGAUCUCCAGGAACAGGGUUGGAGAGCCCUGAGGAAGACCAUCAGUAGAAUAUUUUAUGCAACUGCGUGGUCCUGUUUCUAUAGUGAUGGUACUGUAGUUGUAACUGUGAUUUCCUGUUUAAUAGAUGAUUGUAUGUGACUCUGGUCCUGUUUCCAUAGCGAUGGCAGAUGCCCACCAGGCGGUGGCAUGUGUGACUAGUCUGUGACUCUAGACCACCAGUAGAGUGAAAUAUGUGAAAGUGACUAAAUAGAGCAGAUUAUUGUAUGUAACUCUGGUCCUGUUUCCGUAGCGAUGGCGGAGGCCCACCAGGCAGUAGCGUUCCAGUUCACCAUCACCCCAGAGGGGAUCGACCUGCGCCUUUCCUAUCAGGCCCUGUCCCAAAUCUACCUCUCUGGCCUGCGCUCCUGGAAGAAGAGGAUCAGCCGCAUGAGGGUAAGGAAGGACCAAUGGGGGGUGAGGGUGGUUGUGGGUGAUAACAAGAUGGCGCCGAAAGACAUGGUCACCCUAUUUUUAGCUCAGAGACAACUUUGCAUUAUUUUUGUGUGUGUUAUUUCUUACAUUAUUUGCUCAGAACGUUUCUUGUAUUAUUACCUACAGCCACUUUACAACAGGAGUAUAGCCUGCCUGGCAUGAAAAUGAACCACGGAAAAAGCGUCCUCCAUUUGCUUUUUAAGUGCAUAGAUGACAUGUAUUUUCCCCCUGCCCCUGUGCAGAGACAGGUGCAUAAUAAUGGUUCAUUCUAAAUCAAAACUAAUUUCACACAUAUAUUAUUUAGUAUUUAGAUUAAAUUAAGAAUAGUCUGAUAGGUGACAAUUAUCACUUGUGAAUAAUGCCCAGCGUGUGCAGUAAGGCAAGAAACAUCACAUGCUUUUUUUUGUGUUACUUUUUCAAAUCAUAGUCGCACACCUCAUGUAGCCUAGCCCAUAGGCCUAUAUGUUUUGAUAAGGUUUGUAUCGCAACUAAAGUGGCCAAAUAACUUCUUAAAAGGAAGCACAUUAAUCUGCUUUACAACCAGUGUAGAGCCUAACUGGUAAAUGUAGGUGGCGCGUGAGUUUCAAGUUUGGGGAAGAUAAUUUUCACCUUAAAUGCACCUUUAUAUUAAAGCAUUACAUGCAUAAUCUCAUUUCUUUCUCGCACAGAAGGACAAGUUGACCAAUAGAAUAGGUAAAAUGUUGUACUAUGGGGGAUAGUAGAUUGACAUAGGCUAGUGCGUUUGCUCUUCGUUAGGCCUACUCAUCUUGUUGGCUGACAAAAAGUAAAUGUGGACAGUUCUUCUAACAUCUUCAAUAUGCGCCUCGGAACUCGAUAAGAAGGACACGCGCAGUUGCGUCCCAGAUGUGUCUGUCUCCACUUCGGAUCUAAGAUGCCUGUGAGAAGGAUCCGAUCACGUGACAGGCAUUGGCUAAUAAGAAUUGAGAUAUCUGAGAGAGCCAUGCGAGUGAUGCUUCGGAGCACGGCAAUUGGCAGCUCUGAGAAGGGAAUUAUAAUUAUAGAUUAUAUUCAAAAUAAAAAACUGAUAUCACAUUUACUUAAGUAUUCAGACCCUUUACUCAGUACUUUGUUGAAGCACCUUUGGCAGCGAUUACAGCCUCAAGUCUUCUUGGGUUUGACACUACAAGCUUGGCACACCUGUAUUUAGGGAGGUUCUCCCAUUCUUCUCUGCAGAUCCUCUCAAGCUCUGUCAGGUUGGAUGGGGAGCGUCGCUGCACAGCUAUUUUCAGGUCUCUCCAGAGCUGUUCGAUCGGGUUCAAGUCUGGGCUCUGGCUGGGCCCUCAAGGAUAUUCAGAGACUUGCUCCGAAGCCACUCCUGCGUUGUCUUGGCUAUGUGCUUAGGGUCUUUGUCCUGUUGGAAGGUGAACCUUCGCCCCAGUCUGAGGUCCUGAGCGCUCUGGAGCAGGUUUUCAUCAAGGAUCUCUCUGUACUUUGCGCCGUCCAUCUUUCCCUCAAUCCUCGAUCCUGACUACUCUCCCAGUCCCUGCUACUGAAAAACAUCCCCACAGCAUGAUGCUGCCACCACCAUGCUUCACCGUAGAGCAGGUGCCAGGUUUCCUCCUGACGUGACGCUUGGCAUUCAAUCUUGGUUUCUUGGUUUCAUCAGACCAGAGAAUCUUGUUUCUCAUGGUCUGAUAGUCUUUAGGUGCCUUUUGGCAAACUCCAAGUAGACAGUCAUGUACCUUUUUUACUGAGGUGUGGCUUCUGUCUGUCCACUCUACCAUAAAGGCCUGAUUUGAUGGUUCCAAACUUCUUAAAUGUAAGAAUGAUGGAGGCCACUGUGUUCUUGGGGACCUUCAAUGUUGCAGAGAUUUGUUGGUACCCUUUCCUAGAUCUGUGCCUCAACAUAAUCCUGUCUCUGAGCUCUACGGAUAAUUCCUUCAACCUCAUGGCUUGGUUUUUACUGACAUGCAUUGUCAACUGUGGGACCUUAUAUAGACAGGUGUGUGCCUUUCCAAAUCAUGUCCAAUCAAUUGAAUUUACCACAGGUGGACUCCAAUCAAGUUGUAGAAACAUCUCAAGGAUGAUCAAUGGAAACAGGAUGCACUUGAGCUCAAUUUCGAGUCUCAUAGCAAAGGGUCUCAAUACUUAUGUAAAUAAGGUAUCUGUUUUUUAUUUUAAAUACAUUUGCAAAAAAUAAAAACCUGUUUUUUGCUUUGUCAUUAUGGGGUAUUGUGUGUAGGUUGAUGAGGAAAUUGUUUUAUUUAAUCCAUUUUAGAAUAAGGCUGUAACAUAACAAAAUAUGGAAAAAGUCAAAGGGUCUGAAUACCUUCCGAAUGCACUGUAUAUGAGAACAUGAGUGUGUGUCUAUGUAUGAGCGAAUGUAUGCAUGUGUGCUCAUGUUCUGUGAAAUGCAAUAUGUAGGUGCUACAGAGCCUGAUGCAGAGGAGAACGAGCUGCACUGAUGUUUAAAAUAUGUCAACAAAGACCUUUUUGUUAGCACAUUACUUAUUUUGCUCUGCUCAUGAUACAGCUGUGCAGAUAAGUGUUCCUGCUGUUUUGUGAGCUUGUGUUGCAUGGCUUUUUUCAUGCAAUGUCACUUCCCUCAUGUUGUCUAUGCUGAAGUGCUCAACUAGUUUAGAAAACUUUAAUGUCCUCUGAGGCAAUUCAUUUUGCAGCAAUCAUUACAUACAGACAAAACCACAUUUAAAACAACAACAACAGACAUCAAAGGAUAUUUACAAGGAAAGAAGGCUCAAUAAUGGCUAGGCCUACAUGUACGUUAAAGUAUUGAACUAGUGUUCAAGCCGACACACCGCCCAACCUGAUUUCUAUGGUGUCCCUUGUGCACGCUCAAACAUUGUUAUGGGAUGUUGACUUGAAGCAAAGCCGCACCCGUUCUUAAAGUUUUUGUUUCAAUUCCAACGUUGGAUUGUUUACUUUUUUGUGCAGCAGUUCCUUCUUCAAACUCCUGCUGAACUUGCCCCAGGCAUGUUUAAGAGUUUGAAUUGGGUGAUGUUGAGAUUAAGGGUUCUCUAUGUACAGUAUGUACCACAUCUUCCUCUACACCUAUCUAUCUAUCUAUCUAUCUAGGUAUAUGUACAGUAUAUUCAUAUCAAUAUACAGUAUAUCACCAUCUCUGUGGGUUCUUCGCUAUUUCACCCUUAAGCAUAUUUACUACUUUCUUUACUCUUCCUCAGGUAACAAUAUCCAAUUAAUCCUAUAUACUGACACUAUAUGUUUUUCUACUGGUCUUUAAGUAUCCUGUACACUGACCUUUACCUGUAUAUUUUCUACCAGUCCUAACAUUUAAUAUUCUAUGUACAGUAUAUUCAUACUGUGCUGUUCUUCUGUGGUGACAGAACAGGGUGAUCAAAGGGGUGUACCCUGCCAGCCCUUCCUCCUGGCUGUUUGUUGUCAUAGCAAUCCUGGCCACCAUGUACAUGCGCUCUGACCCCUCCAUGGGCCUCAUUGCCAAAAUCCAGGAGCACCUGCCUGUCAGGUAACUAGCUACAUCACUCACUACCUCUCCCUGUGAGGUAACUACAUCACACACUGUCCUAGGGAGGAAGAGAGAGGCAAGUAGGGAGAGCGUGAGAUGGGGAGGGAGGGAGGGAGGGAGGGGAGAUAGUUACUUUGUGUAGUAGAUGCUAUACACACUGACUGACUGACCGAAUACAGAUAAUAUACCACGGCUAAGGGCUGUUCUUAGGCAUUGCCUUAUUGCUAUUAUAAACUGGUUACCAACAUAAUUAGUACAGUAAACAUACAUGUUUUGUCAUACCCGUGGUAUAAGUUCUGAUAUACCACGGCUUUCAGACAAUCAGCAUUCAGGACUCGAACCACCCAGUUUAUAACGGGUGUUAUACUACACAUGACCUAUCCUCUUAUUAAAGCUACAUCCUGGGCUUAGCUGACUAUAGUCAUGGCUGACUCACUUUACCAUUUAUGUAUACUCACAUUCCUGCGCACUCCUCCCUUUCUCCGCCCAUGAUAACAUUCAUUGCGUUCAAUGAGUAAAUGUAAAGCGUGUGUGAAGUAUUUUUUCCCCCUGCCCCUGUUCCUGCCAUUUUAAUAAUGGGCCAUUCUAAAUACAAACAUUUGAUAUAUUUGUAAAGACAAGAUUCAAUUGAGAAUAGUCUGAUGGGUGAAAAUAUUAUCACUUUAUGAGAGAAACGCUGUGCAGCCUGAGGCAAGGAACCGAGCGCAAGCUUUUUUAGCGACUUUCUCAAAUCAUCAAUAGCCUGUAGUCGCAUCAUGCAGCCCAUAUCUUUUGAUUUCUAAGACAUUCUAAGGUUUGUAUCAUUCAUAACUAAAGUUUCCAAACAACUCUAAAUCUAGCAUAUAGGACCUUUUUCAAAUGAUCACUUUUUACACUCAACAUAUCCACUUCAUAUGCACACUCGCUCCGGAAUGGGAAAAAUAUAUCUUCUAUUUUAUUCAGCUGUUCAAUUAUAUUCUUAUUACUAUAAAAUCACAUUAUAUAAAAUAAUGGCAUGGGAUUUAUAUUGGCAUGGAGCAUAGCCAGAUAACAUACAGUAGGCCAACGCAUAUUCUGUUCUUCUGAAAUACAUUUUCUUAAUAUCCUAAUGUUUCUUUAGACCUGACUAAAAUAAAUAAUGGAUUUAUUGUGAUGGGGUAUAUUAAAUUGAUUUAUUAGACUUUUUUUUAAAGGUAGAUGUUCCAAAGGUGUGCAUCAGUGGCUUGUAUGCAGCUUGUAUGCAUGGAGGCCUGGAGAUGCUAAAUGUGAUUAUGUUAAUUGCAGUCAAUUACCGUGACACUGGCAGUCUUUUUCAUGACAAUAACCAGCUGACAUGGGUAGGGCUCAUUCUUAAGAUUCCUGCCAGUACAGGGCUCUAAUCUUCUACAUUUGACCAUAUUACUUAUUUUUCUUUUAUCCAGUGAAUGUUUUCUUAGUCUCUCACAGACCUACAGCCAUACUGACAACCAGUCUACUAGUGUAAUGUAUUAAUUUGAUGUAUUCUCUCCCCCCCCCCCCCCCCCCCCCCCCCCCCCCCCCCCCCCCCCCCCCCCACCAGUAGUCUGUCUCUGAGUGUACAGGGCCAGACCAUGCUAUCAGUGCUUGUGUUCAGUACCCUGCUGUGGCUAUCUCUCAUCCUGACCCUGAGGUUCUGUCUCAAGCUGCUGCUCUCCUACCACCGCUGGAUGUUCGAGCAGCACGGACGCAUCUCCACCACCACCAAAGUCUGGGUGGUAUGUAUGCUAUGCCAGAGACUGUGGAAACGUUAAUGAGGAAACACUCUUUGUACUUCUCACUCCAGCACUGUUGUUCGUUUUUCUGUAGUAUAUGGAUGGAUGGAUUAAUAGUGGUAUUGUAAUUGCUGGUAGUGGUAUUUGUGUCAAUAGUACAUGCAGUGGCAAAUGCAUUAACAGGAGAGGUAGCUGCAGUUGUACCACAGAUAGAACAAUGAGACAAAUAUUUCACUGGAUGUAUAAAUGUGAAGCAUCCACUUUGCGUUUCCACUCACUACCAAAUAUGGUAGAGAGAGGAAGCCCACUGGCCGGCAGUGGGAGAAGGUGCAAAGAGAUGGAUUUUCUGCACAUUUUCUCAUCGAUGAAACAUUUGAUCUCAAUACAGUUUUUUUGUUCCCAAAACUAGAAUCUGUUAUGAACAGAGUGGACAAAGUUUUGUAGACUUUACCCGUUGCAAACGUUUUUUUAAAAUCGCGUUGUUUAGAAGGAGUGCAAAGGCGAAUUGAGUUAUUGCACCCACACACUUCACAGAGUAGGCGUUCUCUAAUGGAAAUAUGCAGAUGGAUGCUAGAACACGCCAAUAGGAUUUCGCUAGCUGGUGCUUGGCUUUGCCCACCUCCUUGCUUGUUCUGCCCACAAUGACUUAUUUGUUCCCAUUGGAAACGACAGGCUGUGGUCUAUCUUGGUUUAGUUAUAAAAAAUAUUUGGUUGUACUGUGAUUGUAGUCUUAAAUUAAUCUACUAUGUUCUCACUCUCUCCCCUCUCUCAGACCCUGGUGCGUCUGCUGUCUGGCAGGAAGCCUCUCCUGUACAGCUAUCAGACCUCUCUACCUUGCCUGCCCGUCCCACCCAUCAAAGACACACUGGAGAGGGUGAGUGUGCACAUAUCCAGGAUCAGCUUCCCCCAAAUGCACAACCAACCUAAGUGUCCAGUUCACCCUAGUGGCGGAGAGACAGUACCUACAGAAAGUAUUCACACCCCUUGACUUUAUCCAAUUUUUGUUGUGUUACAGCCUGAAUUUAAAAUGGAUUACAUUGAGAUUUUGUUUCACUGAUCUACACACAAUACCCCAUAAUGUCAAAGGGGAAUUUUCGUAUGUAUAUAUUUUUUAAAUAAAUUAAUUAAAAAUGAAAAGCUGAAAUGUCUUGAGACAAUAAGUAUUCAACCCCUUUGUUAUGGCAAGCUUCUAAAGCCAUGACAUCAUUUUCUGGAAUUUUCCAAGCAGUUUAAAGGCACAGUGAAUUUACUGUAUGUAAACUUCUGACCCACUGGAAUUGUGAUACAGUGAAAUAAUCUGUCUGUAAACAAUUGUUGGAAAAAUACUUGUGUCAUGCACAAAGUAGAUGUCCUAACUGACUUGCCAAAACUAUAGUUUGUUAACAAGAACUUUGUGGAGUGGUUGAAAAACGAGUUUUAAUGACUCCAACCUAAGUGUAUGUAAACUUCUGACUUCAACUGUAUAUAAAAAAAAUAAAAAAAACGGAAAUAUCACAUUUACAUAACUAUUCAGACCCUUUACUCAGUACUUUGCUGAAGCACCUUUGGCAGCAAUUACAGCAUAGAGUCUUCUUGGGUAUGACGCUACAAGCUUGGCACACCUGUAUUUGGGGAGGUUCUCCCAUUCUUCUCUGCAGAUCCACUCAAGCUCUGUCAGGUUGGAUGGGGAGCGUCGCUGCACAGCUAUUUUCAGGUCUCUACAGAGAUAUUAAAUCGGGUUCAAGUCCGGGUUCUGGCUGGGCCACUCAAGGACAUUCAGAGACUUGUCCCGAAGCCACUCCUGCGUUGUCUUGGCUGUGUGCUUAGGGUUGUUGUCCUGUUGAAAGGUGAACGUUCACCUGAGUCUGAGGUCCUGAGUGCUCUGGAGCAGGUUUUCAUCAAGGAUCUCUCUGUACUUUGCUCCGUUCAUCUUUGCCUCGAUCCUGACUACUCUUCCAGUCCCUGCCGCUGAAAAACAUCCCCACAGCAUGAUGCUGCCAACACCAUGCUUCACCGUAGGGAUGGUGCCAGGUUUCCUCCAGACGUGACACUUGGCAUUCAGGCCAAAUAGUUCAAUCUUGGUUUCACCAGACCAGAGAAUCUUGUUUCUCAUGGUCUGAGAGUCUUUAGGUGCCUUUUGGUAAACUCCAAGCGGGCUGUCAUGUGCCUUUUACUGAGGAGUUGCUUCCGUCUGGCCACGCUACCAUAAAGGCCUGAUUUGGUGGAGUGCUGCAGAGAUGGUUGUCCUUCUGGAAGGUUCUCCCAUUUCCACAGAGGAACUCUGGAGCUCUGUCAGAGUGACCAUCGGGUUCAUUGACCAAGGCCCUUCUCCCACGAUUGAUCAGUUUGGCCGGGCGACCAGCUCUAGGAAGAGUCUUGGUUGUUCCAAACUUCUUCCAUUUAAGAAUGAUGGAGGCCACUGUGUUCUUGGGGACCUUCAAUGCUGCAGAGAUUUUUUGGUACCCUUUCCUAGAUCUGUGCCUCAACAUAAUCCUGUCUCUGAGCUCUACGGAUAAUUCCUUCAACCUCAUGGCUUGGUUUUUACUCUGACAUGCAUUGUCAACUGUGGGACCUUAUAUAGACAGGUGUGUGCCUUUCCAAAUCAUGUCCAACCAAUUGAAUUUACCACAGGUGGACUCCAAUCAAGUUGUAGAAACAUCUCAAGGAUGAUCAAUGGAAACAGGAUGCAUCUGAGCUCAAUUUCGAGUCUCAUAGCAAAGGGUCUGAAUACUUAUGUAAAUAAGCUAUUUCUUGUUUAAAUAUUUUAUUAAUUUGCACACAAAUAAAACUGUUUUUGCUUUGUCAUUAUGGGGUAUUGUGUGUAGAAUUUUGUAAAAAAAAAAAUUUGGGGGAUGUGGAAAAAGCACUGUACAAUUAUCUGUAAAGUCCCUUAGUCGAGAAGUGAGUUUCAAGCACAGAUUCAACCACAAAGACCAUUGAGGUUUUCCAAUGCCUCGCAAAGAAGGGCACCUUUUGGUAGAUGGUUGAAAAAAUAAAAAGCUAUCCCUUUGAAUAUCCCUUUGAGCAUGGUGAAGUUAUCAGUUAUGCUUUGGAUGGUGUAUCAAUAUACCCAGUCACUACAAAAAUACAGGCAUCUUUCCUAACUCAGUUGCCGGAGCGGAAGGAAACUGCUCGGGGAUUUCACCACGAGGCCAAUGGUGGCUUUAAAACAGUUACACAGUUUAAUGGCUGUGAUAGGAGAUAACAACUGAGGAUGGAUCAACAACAUUGUAGUUACUCCACAAUACUAACCUAAGUGUCAAGAAGAAGGAAGCCUGUACAGAAUAAAACAUAUUCCAAAACAUGCAUCCUGUUUGCAAUAAGGCGUUUUAAGUAAUACUGCAAAAAAUGUGGCGAAGAAAUGAAAUUUUACCGACACAAAAAGAUCCCACCAUGUCAAAUGAACAAAUUAUCUGUCGCCGUUUAGCACAUUUUACUGAAACUUCCUGUUUACAUCACAGCUGUCGUGAUUCUUUUUUUUAUACAGUAUGAUUUUACUCGCAUAAAAACUGGAUGGAUACAUGGUUACUGGGAGACAAAUCACCUUAAACACAGGAAAAUAACCUAAAACACAAGGCCAAAUAUACAGUAGAGUUGCUUACCAAGAUGACGUUGAAUGUUCCUGUGGCGUAGUUACAGUUUAGACUUAAAUCGGCUUGAAAAUGGCUGUCUAGCAAUGAUCAACAACCAACCUGACAGAGUUUGAAGAAUUGAAAUGGCUGGUUGUCACAUGAAAACUGACAAAGAUUGAACAUCCGUUUUAUCUUGGUCAUUGCAGCAAUUGAAUUUUAAAUGUAUUUUCCUGAAUAGAAUGUACUGAAUCAGAGUGGAAUGGGUGCAACAUUGAUACCUGGGGUGUAUUCACUAGGAACCAAAUGGAGGCAAACAGAACGAAACAGGGAGGGACCUAGCAGAAUAUUUCCAAUAGAAACUCUUGUUUUUGUUGCGAAAAUAUGUAUGUUCGGAGUAAACGGUUUCUGUUGCAGAAUGUUUUGCUAAGGUGCUAUACGUUUUGCUAUGGCGUACAACUAAUGAAGACACCACAGUACAAUGCUUUGAACCGAGGUGUGUGGUGUGUCUCUUUCCCUUAGUACCUGGAGUCUGUGCGUCCGUUGCUGAGCAGUCCAGGGUUCGAGCGGAUGACUGUGUUGGCGGCUCAGUUUGAGAACAGUCUGGGGAACAGGCUGCAGCGCUAUCUCAAGCUCAAAGCUCUGUGGGCUACCAACUAUGUGAGUUGACUCACUGCUGCACACACACACUGUUUGUUUGUUCACAAACACACACACACACACACACAGAGUUCGCUCAUUCACUUAGGCUCAUAGUUGUUGUAGUAUAAUGAUUUCACUUCUAAUCUCUCGCUCUCACUCUCCCUCUCUCUCUCUGUCUGUCAGGUGAGUGACUGGUGGGAGGAGUACAUCUACCUGAGAGGACGAGGCCCCAUCAUGGUCAACAGCAACUACUAUGGCAUGGUACUGCUCUUCCCACGAUACACUAUAGAUAUACACUGGGUAUACAAAACAUUAAGAACUCUUUCAUUUUACAUGUUAGAUUUUUUAAACAUUUUAGUCAUUUAGCAGACGCUCUUAUCCAGAGCGACUUACAGUUAGUGAGUGCAUACAUUUGUCAUACUGGCCCCCCGUGGGAAUCGAACCCACAACCCUGCCAUCGCAAGCACCAUGCUCUACCAACUGAGCUACAGGAGGCCAUGACAUUGUCUGACCAGGUGAAUCCAGGUGAAAGCUGUGAUCCCUUAUUGACGUCACUUGUUAAAUCCACUUCAAUCAGUGUAGAUGAAGGGCAGGAGACAGGUUAAAGAAGGAUUUUUAAGCCUUGAGACAAAUGAGACGUGUAUGUGUGCCAUUCAGAGGGUGAAUGGGCACGACAAAAAAUGGAAAGUGCCUUUGAACAGGGUAUGGUAGUAGGUGCCAGGCACACCGGUUUGUGUCAAGAACUGCAACACUGCUGGGUUUUUCACGCUCAGCAGUUUCCCGUGUGUAUCAAGUAUGGUCCACCACCCAAAGGACAUCCAUCUAACUUGACACAACUGUGGGAAGCGUUGGAGUCAACAUGGUGUUCCUAAUGUUUGGUAUACUCUGUGUACACUUUAAAUAUACUGUUAUACUGUCUAUGUGAGACACUCUCCUCUCUUCCGCAACAUAUACCACCCUCCUUCAUGCCUUCAGUUCUCAGACCUUCACUCCUACCUUUCUCCUUCCAACCCUCCCAAAACCCUAGAGUGCCCUCUCCCUCCCCUGUCCCCUCUCCAUUGGCUUAUUGUGACAUUCCAGAGACAGAGCUGGGGCAGGAAUUCCUCUACUACCGGAAAUGCUGGGAAUGUUGCCCCCGGAAACCUGCUCUAGUGCCACAUGUCCUUACCGGUCUCUGUUUGUUUCUGUCUCUCCCUCAGUCUGUCUCUCACUCUCUUUCUAUUUAUUUUUCUCUCUCUCACCUCCAUCUCUGACCCCUCCCCUCUCCUUCACUAGGACUUUCUGUAUGUGACUCCCACGCCCAUCCAGGCAGCGAGGGCCGGCAACACCAUCACUGCUCUGCUGCUCUACCGACGCAAGGUCAACACUGAGCAGCUCAAACCUGUGAGUACUGCUACUAGUACUAGUACACAUAUACACUGCACUACACAACCACCAGUACAGAGCUGUACCCUUUUCUCACUACUAAUCCGAGCCAAGCUGUACUGAGCUGACCUGGUUAUGCAUGCUAUUAUUCAAUGAUAAUUUAUCAAGUUAACGAUCCAAGGAACCCAUUGGAAUAGUAGUGAGAUUCCCCUAACUGUCUGUAUUGGACUGCUGUUGCUGCAGACAUAGUUUAUAUGAAUAGAACUGACGUCACUAUGGGAAAUAAUAGUCAUUCAUAAAGGGUUUGUCCAAAAUGGCACUCUUUUCUCUAUAUAGUCCGCUACUUUUGACCAGAGCCUUAUGGGCCCUGUAGCGGCCUAUAGUAGUAGUGCACCUUACAGGGAAUAGGGUGCCAUUUGGGACGCAUGCUGUUACUGUAUGAAUCACAUUCAUAUUGGGCAUCCGUCUUGGGUGAGUCAGUGGGGUAAAGGCCACAGAGAAUAUAGGCCAGUGAAGAGGUUUAUGUAAAAGAGAGCUCCUCAUUCCAGGUGUGGUUCCUUCCAGCCUGUGGCUGGUCAAACCAGAUUCUGUCUUACUGUCAUUUACAGCAUUUUGUCAGUUUGUAGAUGUGGGUGGGUGUUGUCAAAGAGGAAGAGAGAGGCCCAACUCGGUGCAAAAUCUGUCUCCCUCCAGCAGGUGGCGAUUUUUCAUUGUUUCACCCACAAAGCAAGACGUUUUUGUAUGGAGGUCAACGAGUGUUGAAUUGGUCAAAUAAAAAAUUUAUGGCAUAUUUGCUACAUGAGGUUUAUUUGAUCUAAUAAAAGUUUCGUAAUGCUUAAGUUGUUACGAGUGUACUGAUAUAAGUAGGAAAUGUGACAUCCUGGCAACUUUGAGAAAAAACACUUUAUAUCAGACUUGUCUCAAUGGCUAUGCAUAUUCAUGGCAUGAGGCUAGUAGCAUAACAUCUCUCUUCAUUGAAUACAGGUGGUUGACAUCAACAACCCACAUCGAAUAUUCAAAAAAGGAUUACAAUAAUGAGAUGUAUCCACCAAUCUAAAGAAAGGAUAGGCGGGAGCUAGAAGCCCGGCGUGCCGCUUUGUGGAAAAUGACUCACCCAAGACGGAUGCCCAAUAUGAAUGUGAUUCAUACAUUGUUAGGGCGGAGAGACAUGUAUCUUGUCAGUAUAUCCAUCAUCUUUGGUGUCAUGAAUGCUACAGUAUCUUACCAAACUGGAGCACUGAGUUAUGAAUUAGAUAAUAAUAAAAACAAAUAUAUAUUAAUAAUAGAUUAUUAUUAUGAUAAUAAUAAUAGAGAAAACAUAUCAAGAGUUCAUCCUGCAAAAUGCCAAAUAAAUAAAUGAAUAAUAGCCAGCCAACUUUGUUAAACACUGUUUUCUUCUAAUUCUUCAUUGUCCUCCUUUCCUCAAUUCCUACUUCAUGAAGGAUAUUGAAGAUGAACAUAGGUUGUUUUGGUGUAUCUACUCAUAUUAGCUGGCUAUUUCAUCGAAGCAGCUGUGUGAAAGUGUUGUUUGAAGGAUCUUUAACCGAGUUCUAUAGAAUUUUUCUGCUGAUGUGGUCUUUUUUUUACGGAACUCUGCCACUGACUGUCGUCAAUGACCUCUGCCACUGACCUCUCUCUUUCUCUCUCUCUCUCUCAUUCUUAAAUUCAUAUUGUCAUGGAUUAAAUUAAUGGCAUUUGAGGUUAAACAAUGUGAAGAUAAUAUAACUACCAAACAGUUUUUCUCUCACUCUCUCAGAGUCGUGUUCCAGGUACAGUCAUCCCUCUGUGUGCAGCUCAGUGUGAGAGGAUGUUCAACACUACUCGCACUCCAGGAGAGGAGACUGGUAAUACACCCACACACACACUCACAAAAGAGACUGAGUGGCAAGAAAGUCAGUUUUGGAAUCUUUAUUUGAUAGCUUUGACCAUCAAGGAAAUGAGACAACAGUAUGAGUAGUGUUCUACAUCAGCCACUAACCAACUCACGCGCUCGCUCGGUCUAUCUCUUUCUCUUGACGCGUGUCUCCUCUCCAGACGUGCUGCAGCACUGGCAGGACAGUGAAUUUGUGGCAGUCUACCACCGGGGGCGCUACUUCAGGCUGUGGGUCUACAAGGCGGGGCGUCUCCUCUCCCCUAGAGAGAUAGAGUACCAGAUCCAGAGGAUCCUAGAUGACCCCUCACCCCCCGGACCUGGAGAAGACAGGCUGGGAGCACUGACUGCUGGAGACAGGUGUCUAGUGGUGGGGGGAAGAGGGGUGUGCGUGAGCGCCUGUAUACAUAGGUGUAUGUACCCACUGCAACUACAGUUCUCUGCAUUUUCAUUACCAGGAUAUCCCCCUAAAUAUGACAGUGUAGUGUUUUGCAUGAUCUGAUGUAUGGCUACUAGAUGGCCCUACAAAGCUCAUGUUCAUUAUGCCUGAGACGGCUAUAGAUGUGCAGACUUUGGCUUGAGAGAUCAGACAAUGAUAGCACUGCAGGAUAACAGACAUGGGUUCAAAUAUGAUUUGAAAUCUUUCAAAUACUUUGACCAUUCAUGGUGUGCCAGGUGGACAGGGUUUUCGUUUUCGGGACCAUUGUAUUGGUCCAUUGAGCCAAGCACGCUCAAACAAACACAACUAAAGUAUUUGAAAUGAUUUCGAAUAGUAUUUGAACCCAGGUCUGCAGGAUACCACAGACAAGUAGAGCUUCCAUCAAUCACCUCAAAGUCUAAGUGGUCUGACUACAACUUGGACAAAAUGGUGGAAAGGAAGCGUGUAGAGAGGAGUAAACAGAGAGAUGGAGAAGUCACAAAGAGGAAGAGAAGACGAGAAGGGUCUAAAAAUUAAGCAAAAGGGAAGUAGAGAAUGGAGAGAUGGAAAAGAGAAAUGCAGAGUAUGUUGGUUGAGAAUGCAUGGAGGGAAGGGAACUGAACUGUGGGACAGGGGAUCGAGUGAGGCUAAAGGUGAGAUGAAGUGAAAGAGGAGGAACAGCGGUUAAAGAAAUAGAAACCUCCCUUUUUCAGGACCCGGUCGUUUAGAGAUAAUUCGUAAAAAUCAAAAUAACUUCACAGAUCUUCAUUGUAAAGGGUUUAAACACUCUUUCCCAUGCUUGUUCAAUGAACCAUAAACAAUUAAUGAACAUGCACCUGUGCAACGGUUGUUAAGACACUAACAGCUUACAGAUGGUAGGCAAUUAAGGUCACAGUUAUGAAAACUUAGGACACUAAAGAGGCCUUUCUACUGACUCUGAAAAACACAAAAAGAAAGAUGCCCAGGGUCCCUGCUUAUCUGCGUGAACGUGCCUUAGGCAUGCUGCAAGGAGGCUUGAGGACUGCAGAUGUGGCCAGGGCAAUAAAUUGCAAUGUCCGUACUGUGAGACGCCUAAGACAGCGCUACAGGGAGACAGGACGCACAGCUGAUCGUCCUCGCAGUGGCAGACCACGUGUAACAACACCUGCACAGGAUCGGUACAUCCGAACAUCACACCUGCGGGAGUUACACCAGGAAUGCACAAUCCCUCCAUCAGUGCUCAGACUGUCCGCAAUAGGCUGAGAGAGGCUGGACUGAGGGCUUGUGCGCCUGUUGUAAGGCAGGUCCUCACCAGACAUCACCGGCGACAACGUCGCCUAUGGGCACAAACCCACCGUUGCUGGACCAGACAGGACUGGCAAAAAGUGCUGUUCACUGACGAGUCGCGGUUUUGUCUCACGAAGGAGGAUGAGCGUUACACCGAGGCCUGUACUCUGGAGCAAGAUCGAUUUGGAGGUGGAGGGUCCGUCAUGGUCUGUGGCGGUGUCACAGCAUCAUCAGACUGAGCUUGUUGUCAUUGCAGGCAAUCUCAACGCUGUGCGUUACAGGGAAGACAUCCUCCUCCCUCAUGUGGUACCCUUCCUGUAGGCUCAUCCUGACAUGACCCUCCAGCAUGACAAUGCCAUACUGCUCGUUCUGUGCGUGAUUUCCUGCAAGACAGCAAUGUCAGUGUUCUGCCAUGGCCAGCGACGAGCCCGGAUCUCAAUCCCAUUGAGCACGUCUGGGACCUGUUGGAUCGGAGGGUGAGGGCUAGGGUCAUGAGUAAGACUCUCUCUCUCUCUCUCACUCACACUCAAACACGACACACACGCGCACACACACGCAGACACAUAAAACGACUCUGUUCAUAUCACAAUUAGUAAAUACUCACAUUAUUUCCUGGGGACGUGGGUGUGGUAGCAGCAGCACACCCUUGUUCUCGCCAUUGUAUCUUUGUGUCUCUAGUCAAUCCUCAGCUCGUCAUGAUGACUGCUAAUAGGGUUCAGCUGUUGAGCAAGAAACAUUUCCAACCACACGGUUGAAUUAGUCUGGUCAUGGGGUGUUUUGUCCUGGCAUGUCCCAUGGGAACACUUUCACACUACUGUCAAGUAUUCUUAAGUUUCAUUAUCGCUAUACAUACUGUUCUGCAGUGAGUGGUUUAGAGAAGGGGAACAUAUUCCCAUAUGUUCAGUAAAAUGGCAGAUUCUUGUCAGAUUUGGUUGCUGUUGAUAUUGAUGUCUUUCUGUAAGUAAGAAAUACAGUACACUGUGUUGAGGCUACCUUUUUAAAUAAAGUUUGGUGUGAUUUGGAUGCGUUUUGUCCCAGGGUGCCUUGGUGUACCGUAAGAAAGCAGUACUUCAGCUCAGGGGUGAACAAGCGCUCGCUGGACUGCAUCGAGAGGGCCGCCUUCUUUGUCACCCUGGACGAUGAGGAGCAAGGCAUGAUGGGAGAAGACCCAGUGGGAAACCUGGACCGCUACGCUAAGUCCCUCCUCCAUGGAAAAUGUUACGACAGGUGUGUGACUGUGUGUGGUGCAGGCGUAUUAAAAUAAGAUUUUAUUUUGUAGAAAUGUAUAAUCGUGGUGGAGCUUCUACCUUAUUGCUAACACCUUACAGAUCUGUGAACAUUGACAGGAUAGGGCCAACGGGAAGGGCUAGGGAGUGAAUUAGAACCAGUUAAUAGAGUGUCCAACUCUGCCUUUCCCAGUUUCCACGCAACGAGAGAACAUUCAAUCCAUCUCACUCUUCUACAGGAGGGUCUGGUACUAGGGUUGCGUACCAAAUGGCAUCCUAUUCCUUAUAUACUGUAGUGCACUACUUUUGACCAGGGCCUCUGCCUGGGCCCAUAGCGCUCUGGUCAAAAGUAGUGCACCAUAUAGGGUGCCAUUUGGGAUGUGGCCUAGGCCCACAGGGCAAAGCUGUUAGUGAAGGACAUCUGCUCUUCAGCUCUAUCAUAGUCUACCGGUAUCUAAAUAAAUAAAAAUAAAUAUGCCAUUUAGCAGACGCUUUUAUCCAAAGCGACUUACAGUCAUGCGUGCAUACAUUUUUGUGUAUGGGUGGUCCCGUGGAUCGAACCCACUACCUUGGCGUUACAAGCGCCGUGCUCUACCAGUUGAGUUGAAUUGUAAACAGAUGGAGUCUUCAUCUGGUCCAUUUGAUCCUCUCUUCCUUUCACACGUGCUGUACUGUAGGCUUACACACACAUUAGCACGCACACACACACACACACACACACACACACACAAAAACAUGGUGUGACAACCUGAUUGAAUUAGCAGCAAAUGUCCAAGAGCACCAGCUGCUUAAGUGAAGUAAUUGACGGAUAUAUACCAUCCAGGGACAUGGUUCUGGUUGUUUAGAAUUAUCGACACCAGGCCCAAAUUCCUCUUGUACACCCUCUUCUCCCCCUCCAAAUCAAGUGCUUCACAUCUGUGUCUAAGUUCCAGUGGUUUCCUGUCUGUAUGGCACUCAUACAAAACAAUAUAAUACAGUAUUGAACUCUCAAUUAGAUUGAUGAGUAAUGAGUAAAUAUUAGUCUGUUUUGGCUGGAGCAGGACAGUGGUGGGUGGUCAGGGGAUAUAUAUUUCUGCUUUGAUAGUGUGUGGUCAACUCUCAAAACUAAAAGCACUAAGCUAAUUGAUCUAGCUCUCUCUCUCCUCUCUCCUGACCCCCCCACCCCCUCUCUCUCUCUCUCAGGUGGUUUGAUAAGUCCUUCUCGGUGGUGGUGUACAAGAAUGGGAAGAAUGGGCUGAAUGCAGAGCACUCCUGGGCCGACGCCCCGACAGUGGCACACCUGUGGGAGGUGUGUGUGUGUGUGAAUGUCUAUCUGUCAAACACAGGCAUAGUCAAAUGGCACUUUAUUAGGACCUUUUCUUCUGAUCUUUUUAGCUACAGAACAUAGAAAUGUGCCGUUUUCACAUUGUGUAGACACUAGUAUGGUGCUGGAGAUAACGAGGUUAAAACAGCCCAAAUGACCUGUCCUCAAUGGAGAUAAAGCACUUGGUUUAAUUUAGAAUAAUCUGAUCUUGCAGAUUUUAGUGUGUGUGUGAGGUAGACUACAUAUGGCCAGAUAUGUGGCUAAAAGUACAUGUGCUUAAAUAGAGGUUGGCCAAGAUCAGGAUGUUCCAGUUAUUAUCCAAAUGGGAUAUUCUCAAGCUUUGCUUCAUCAGAUAGCGGCCAGAAGUGAUAAAUAUAUUCGUUUUUGACAUACAUUUUCUGUGUGUUCUGAACUCUUUGUUUAUGUUGAAGCCACUGAACUUUGAGUCUGAUUUUAAGUGUCUGUGUGUCUCUGCGUGUCUCUGUGUGUCUCUGCGUGUCUUUGUGUGUGUGUCUACAUGUGUCUGCAUGUGUGUGUGUGUGUGUGUAACAGCUGCUCUCUGUCUGUCCUCAGUUCACCCUGGCCACAGAUGCCUUCCAACUGGGUUACACAGAGGACGGCCACUGCAAGGGAGAAGUGGAGCGCUCCUUACCGCCCCCUCAGAGACUCCGCUGGGACAUCCCUGUGGAGGUGAGAGUGCUGUGUGUGUGCAUCGUUCCCUAACACACACCCUCAGACCAGGGUUUCCGUUAGGAAAAUGUGGCGCCGGACAACGUGACGGGGAAGAUUCAAAUGUACCGUCCAUUUGAGAAAUUUACCGGCAUAACCCAUUAGGGCGUCCACCCACUGUACUCAGAAUGACAGAAAUCACAUUUAGAUUAUGGUAAUGCAUCUUUUAACAGAACAUGUAACUCAUGUAAUGAAGCAGCCGAUAAAACGUUGUUUUCAAACAUUUGCCAAAAUGCAAUUAGCGGGAAAAUACCAUUCUAAACCGCGCACCUGGGAAAACACCAUUCUAAACAGCGCAUCUGAAAGCUGUUCCAUAUGUGACAGAGAUGAAAAUCUCUGUUAGAAAUUUAGAAAGAGGGGUACUCUAAAGAUGCAACAGCUAGGAUGUGCUGCUAAUGUGACUAGGAUUGUGCCUUUGGCUUCUGGACAACAAAAUAACAUUGAUAUGAAAACCAAUAGAACAGGAGAGUAAUGGCAUAGCGGUGGGUCCAAUAGGGAAGAAAAUGGACAUACAUUUGCCAAAAUUAUAUAAUUACUCCUGUCUAUAUAGAAAUAAUUAAAAUCAUUCAAAAUACUUCACCAGAAAGCAUGACUUGGCCACAGAGGAAUCGAGGAUUCGCUUCUUUUUUUUAAAUAGCUCAUAGGUCUAUGCCUAUUUGGGAAGCCCGCAAUUUGGGCAGUGUGCGUGGCAAUAGGCCUAGCUGAUUAUUGUGUGUGAAGAUAAUGUGUCUUGAGUAUCAUUAAAAAAUGUUGAGACAAGAAGAAGGGAGGGGUGUGUGGUGACGAUCUAGGCGAGUCUCCCGCCAGUUCUUACGCAUUCAUUGUUUGAAUAGUUUGCCCUUUUAAUUUUUUACAAAUCAAUUCCCCAUUACAUAUGUAAUCCCUGUAAUUUGUUUACAUUAAUUUCUCUUAAUGCAUGUAUCAAUUAGUCAUUUACCGUUCUAAUUCUCGGAGUGGGAACAUUGUUUGCGGAGUUCACAACCUGCUACACUUGUGAGAAACAAGUUUUGGUUUAUUUAAUCAUUUCGGAGAUUUGUAAAUUCUUUCAUUGUCUUUUGUUUGGAAUGCUCCAUGAGUAUGUGUCUGGUUUCUCUGUCCUGAUAAUGUUGAGGGAGGGCGUGCGCAGUACCUGGCCUGCUGCAUGGAAAUGUAGGAAAGUGCUUUUUUAACGUCAUUGCGAAUGAUACUAUAUUAAAACUAUAGUUCCUCACAGUAAGCUAUUUGAAAAAUCUUCCAAUCUCCCCCUCGAUAAUCACCAAUCCUCGGUGUGAAAGAGAAAUGGAAGUUAUAGGCCUACUGCUGUAUUGGCUAUGAGUUCCAUGCGCUCGUUUCUUUAGCCGCCAAUGGAUCACGGUGUAUCAAUGUGUCCAUAUGGCAGAGGCUAGCGAUCUUUCAUUAGUCUACUUUUUAGAUUUUUGUCAUGUUUUUAAGAAACAAAAACAUUAAUUAAAUGAAGCUGUUCCACGAAAAUCUGCAUAUGAAAAUUAUAACUGGCACUCAGAAUGGUAAAAAUGGUAGGAUAAAUUGUAAGCUUACCCAAACUUUAAACUCACGCGCCGCCUAUUAAAUUGCAUCCACAUUUUCAUGGUCGGAUUUAGCCUAUAGGCUAAUUUGAAGCAAGGUAAGAGAUCCCUCAUAAUAUGAAAUAAAACAUUCAGGUUUCAAACAAUGAAGUAUGUUUUCAAAAUGCAUACUGCCUCCAGCUCACAUUGUAAAGUGGUGGGUGACGUGCUGAUAGCCUGUUGCCUGUACUUGAAUGGUGAAUGGGAGGUGUGCUUCAGUCACCAGUUGAGAAAUAAAAAUAGUCGCUUUUUUGUUAUCGUGCACCAGCUGAGGAGGUGCAGGAGAAAUCUCACUCAAAAUAGGCUCUGUAUGCUGACUAACGAAAAUACACAGGCCAAUUUAAUUCCACUAAAUUAGGCAAAUUAACCUAUUGACCAAUAACCUUUACCGGUCAAAUGUAUUUCCAUCGACUGCUUUAUUCCAUCAAUUAAUAAAAAGCAUACAUUUGCAUUUAGAUUUUCUUUCUCCACGUCAUUUUGGCCGGCAACAGCUUUAUUGAUCGACUUUUCUUUUUUUUUUAUCGGCCAAAACCCGCCAAUUGCCAGCUAACAGAAACCCUACCGCAGACAUCCUUUGGGAGGGGAGCGUGUCCGUGUCUAGUGUCACUUGAAACACCCUGACAACAUUGUCCAGCUCCCUCUCUCCUCUUCCUUUAGGGCUUGGAUCAGUUCCUCUCUCUGUUUCAUUCCAAGACUUCAUGUCCAUUGAAAGUUCUGAACCACAAUUAAUACAUGUUGAGGAACCAAUUCAGUGGCUUGAGUUGAAUAUUUUAGUCAAAGUAUGAUGCAAAGUGUUAGCAUGACCUCCGUGAGCCACAAUUGGGUUGAAAGUAGGGCUGUUGCGGUGACUGUAUUACCGCCACACCGGCAGUCAUGACCGCAGUAAAAUUCUACGUGACCGUUGAGUCACGGUAAUCUCCUCUUAUGCACUCUGGACAUGCAUUGGUAGUACCCAACUCGCUAUUGAUCAUCAGGUCACUAAUGGCCUGGUAUUCAGGACUCUUGUCCCUUUAACCACUCUGACGUCAAUUAAAAUGCAAUCCAAAAUCACAUCAAACACAUCAUCAAAACAGUAUGUGCUUUUAAAACUCCCCUCACUGUGAUUGAUCAAUUUGAAGAAAGAAGUUCAACAACAGGUUGAAACUGAGUGGAAAACAUGGUCGUUGUGGAUGUUGUUUCAAAGCCUAACACAACGAAAUGGACAAUGCUUUCUAAGGUGAUGAUUGCAUGACAAUAACCGGCUGACAAAAUGUCAUGACCACCACAGCCCUAGAUGAAAGGCCUUCUCUUUUUGUCUUUCAUCUGUUUAUUUUCUUUCAUCUGAGAGAAGUGGCAUCUCUCUCGCUCUCUCUCUUUUUCUCUCUUUCUUUUUCUCUUUCUCUCUGUCUAUGUCUGUCUCUCUCUGUCUGUCUGUUUGUUUGUUGCGGUUGGAGUUUUCCGUUUCCUCCUCUCAGUUUCUACCGACCCACAACAUUCAGAUAGUCAGGGAAAUCCCCCCCCGCUCUACCUCUACUUCCUCUACCUUCCACCUACCUCUCCACCUUCUCUACCUACUUCUACCCCAGCAGUGCAGUGCUCUCCUACCCUGGCCUCUACUGUGUUAACUGGCUGUCUGUGGGAACGCUGGGGAGUUUCAUUCCUGGAAAUUACCUCAAUGUUCAGCAAUGACUGGCUGGCUGGUUGACUGACUGGUUGACAGUUACAGAGCUCAGUCGCCUAGUGACCGGGUAGUUUUGGGGGACUUUGCCCCUGUUAAUUAUUAGAUGCUCCAACAUACUUGCAGCAUUCCUAUGCUUAUUAGAAUAGUGUUUACCUUGAGGCUUGACUCAAACGGAAACACAACUAACUGCCACUGCCCCCUCUCGACCAUUCCUGUUCUCUCUCUCUCUCUCUGUUCAUUUGCAGUGCAGGUUCCCACACUGUUUUUACUUCCAGAGCUUUGGUGUUUGUCCUUCCCCGUAAACCAUUUUCUCUCUCUCUCUCUCUCUCUCUCUCUCUCUCUCUCUCUCUCUCUCUCUCUCUCUCUCUCUCUCUCUCUCUCUCUCUCUCUCUCUCUCUCUCUCUCUCUAUGCCAUCUCCAGUUGUCUCAACUCUCUCUGCUUAAUUUUUUUACAUUUGAGUCAUUUAGCAGACGCUCUUAUCCAGAGCGACUUAGUUUUCUUUUUAUACUGGCCCCUCGUGGGAAUCGAACCCACAACCCUGACGUUGCAAGCGCAAUGCUCUACCAACUGAGAUACACGGGGCUUCAUGAGGGCUUCUGUUUCUCAAAUUCCCCUUAUUAGUAACCCUCAUUCUCUUAUUCCUUCCUCUUACCCCUUCCUCCACUCCCUACAGUAUGCUUUCGUCUUCUCCCCUUCAUUUCCCCAUCUCCUUCUCUCUCUCUUGUUGUUGGAAGCGGCCUCUGUCUCUGAACUGA